UGCCGGAGGGUAUCUCUGUGGCCCCAGAGAAGGCCCCGCCUUCCUGCACGCAGCCCGUGGGCGCUGGUGAUGGCGCCGCUCCCUAAGCUCGCUGUCUUCGAUCUGGAUUACACGCUCUGGCCAUUCUGGGUGGACACGCACGUAGACCCCCCAUUCCACAAGAGCAGUGAUGGAACUGUUCGAGAUAGGCAAGGCAGGACCAUCCGACUGUACCCCGAGGUGCCCGAGGUCCUGGACCGAUUUCGAGGCCUUGGGGUACCCAUGGCAGCCGCUUCACGGACAGGUGAAAUAGAAGGGGCCAACCAGCUACUGGAGCUCUUUGACCUUGCCAGAUACUUUGUUCAAAGGGAAAUCUAUCCAGGCAGCAAGGUCACACACUUUGAGAGGCUGCAGCAGAAGACUGGAGUUCCUUUCUCCCAGAUGAUCUUCUUUGAUGAUGAGAAGCGGAAUAUUGUAGACGUCAGCAAACUGGGUACUGAGUGGUGUUACCUGCAUUCAUGUUCAGAAUGGAAUGAGUCUUCAAGUCCUAACUCAAGGACUAGAGACAUUUGCAAAGGCCCACGCUGGACCCUGAGGUCCAGUCCUGCGGAUGAGCCUCAUUUGAGGCAUAAAACUCAAGGAAACCAGGAAGGCAUUUUCAGCCCUCAUAGGUUGGACAGCCUGUUUGAAGCGGCUGCUUUGAACCGAGCUUGCGGGUUUGGGGCUGGUGGCUCGCGUCACGUGACAGCAGUGGCUUCCUUGGCGCCGGGUGAUGUCGCAGCGGAGCCCCAAGAAGGGAUUGGCCGAGGCGGGUCUCUGAGUGCUGGGAUGCAGGCUCCCAGGAACAAGGCGGAAGUGUGCAGGACGCCGUGGGGCAGAGGCAGGACGGGCAGGGCCAUGAGUGGUCUCGGCCGACUCUUCGGGAGGGGGAAGAAGGAGAAGGGACCAACCCCUGAAGAGGCGAUACAGAAACUGAAGGAAACGGAGAAGAUACUGAUCAAGAAACAGGAAUUUCUGGAACAGAAGAUUCAACAGGAGCUCCAAACAGCCAAGAAGCAUGGGACCAAAAAUAAGAGAGCUGCCCUACAGGCUUUGCGGAGGAAGAAAAGAUUGGAACAGCAGCUAGCACAAACGGAUGGGACAUUGUCCACCCUGGAGUUUCAGCGUGAAGCCAUUGAGAAUGCCACCACCAAUGCAGAAGUGCUUCGCACCAUGGAGCUUGCUGCCCAUGGCAUGAAGAAAGCCUACCAGGACAUGGACAUUGACAAGGUGGAUGAACUGAUGGCUGACAUCACAGAACAACAGGAGGUGGCCCAGCAGAUUUCUGAUGCCAUUUCUCGGCCUGUGGGCUUUGCAGAUGAUGUGGAUGAGGAUGAACUGUUGGAGGAACUAGAGGAGCUGGAACAAGAGGAAUUGGCUCGGGAGUUGUUACAUGUGGGCGACAAGGAGGAAGAACCCCCAGUCAAACUGCCCAGUGUACCCUCUACACAUCUGCCUGCAGGGCCAGCUCCCAAAGCGGAUGAAGAUGAGGAAGCACUAAAGCAGUUGGCUGAGUGGGUAUCCUGAAGAGUCUGGGCUUAUCUUCCUGAUGCUGCCUUCAUUGAUCUCUUUUCCUUAAGUGCCAAGUGCGGAGCUAAAGGAACAUAGCCUUUUUGGGAGGCCCUGCUGAGGGUGGUGGUAUAGCCCUGCCUGAGAAAGGGUCUGUUGCCCUCCAAUCCCUGGCUUGGAUCAACUCUGAAGAAGGAUCUUGGUGCGGGAGGAGCCCCUGGGCUCCCUUCUCUCUGAUAGCAGUUACAGUGCCCUUGUCUUCAAUAAAAUUGGGCAGAUGGAAUCCUAGUGCUUAUACUGCCUUGUCUACAGACCUGAAACUUGGAGCUGUUUCAGGCAAUGAAUACUAAAAGGAGUAAUGAAGGGGCAUUGUAACAUAGAAUAAAUGUUUCCAAUAUCUUACCUA